CUUCGGCGAGUAAAAGGAAGGAGUGGAGGAGAACGGUGAGAGCAUGUCAGUAGACUUUCAUCCUCAGAUUAAAUUGAGGUGGGAUUGUGAUGUAGACGGACGCACUGUUUUCCCUCCAAGUUUUGACUUCGAGUUCGUGGCAAUGGAGGAAGAAGAGGCAGAGGUAGAGGAAACUGAAGUGGGAGUAGGAGUGGAAGGAGCUGAAGUGGAUGAGAGUCAGCCACCUUUGCAAGUGGAGGUCCUUCCAGUUCCUUUUGAUGAUGAGCAACCACCUCUUCUAGCCGAGCAGUAGCCAUCUCAGCCACCUCCUCUAGCGGAAGAAUGAAGAAUUUUUGUUUUUGAUAUUUUUGAUAAUUUGAACAAUGUGAUAAUUUGUAACUUUGAUUCUUUGAUUAUAAUCAAUGUUUUAAAAACCG